AGAGAGAGAGAGGAGAGAGAGAGAGAGAGAGAGAGAGGUGUGUGUGUUGGUACUUGAGAUACUACGCACUUUGACACAGACACACACAGACCCAUAGACACGAUGUGAGAUUCGGCCGCGCGUAAUUUACGCAUUUGGAGAGCGGUGCGCACUGUUAACGCGUCGCCUUGUUGUGCGGUGACUUGUCUGUUUCUGGACGCCUGAUGCCGUUGGAGUGAGUCCAGGGAUGCUGCGGCUUGUCUGGCUGCCAGAGUGCCGCCGCGCAACGUGGGGCUGCGUCCGCCACAUCUGAUGAACCGGGUGAGGCGCGGAUCAGGCGUUUUCUCCGAACAUGAUCUGACUGUCAUCGGGGGGGAAUAACCCACCAUGCAUCACUCGGGGGGCAUUUAAGCAUCUCCUGCGGUGAUAUCGCUCGCUACGGGGACGGUGGGAGUGCACCCGCUUCCCCAGCCUGCAGGAUGGGUAAUAGUUUCUCCAAUUUGGCUGCCUUCCAGUCUUUGCACAUAGUCAUGCUCGGGCUGGACUCCGCGGGCAAAACCACCGUGCUGUAUCGGCUGAAAUUCAACGAGUUCGUCAACACGGUGCCCACCAUCGGCUUCAACACGGAGAGGAUCCGGCUGGGCGGCGCGGGGGCCUCCCGGGGCAUCAGCUGCCACUUCUGGGACGUCGGUGGCCAGGAGAAGCUGCGGCCCCUGUGGAAGCCCUACAGCCGCUGCACGGACGGCAUCGUGUACGUGGUGGACUCCGUGGACGCCGAGCGGCUGGAGGAGGCCCGGACUGAGCUGCACAAGAUCACCCGCUUCUCGGAGAACCAGGGGACCCCGCUGCUGGUCAUCGCCAACAAGCAGGACCUGCCGCGGGCGCUGGAUGUCGGGGAGAUCGAGAGGCAGCUGGCCCUGGCCGAGCUGAGCCCCUCCACCCCGUACCACGUCCAGCCGGCCUGCGCCAUCAUAGGAGAGGGGCUGGACGAGGGCAUGGACAAGCUGUACGAGAUGAUUGUGAAGAGGAGGAAGUCACUGAAGCAGAAGAAGAAGAGACAGUGAUGUCAGAUUUUGGCUGGAGGGUUAUAAUUUAAAUAUCAUAUGGAUAGCAAUAUUUUUUUAAAAGUGAUAGCCAUGUAGCAAAAGAGCAUAAAUAUCAUUACCGAACAGCAGAAACAUUGCAAAUCUCUAUACAUGAUGGGAAAAUAUAAAUAUAUAUAUAUAUAUAGUGAUGCCACAUGAGCUAAACUCAUUCACAUCCAUACAGUAUGUCCCACUAGGAAUGUUAAAGAGGAGAUAGUUCAGAUGAUCUUGUGACAUUGUCAAAUAUGAUACAAUUUCUCAAAACUAAUCAGAACAAAAAUAAUUGAUGGGAAAAGUAUUGAUGAUGAUGAUACACCUUCUUCACAGAGAGAGAGAGAGGGAGAGGGAGAGAGAGAGAUGAACUGUGGCACUGUGUGUUGGUAAGUCCCAGAGUGGGGGAUAUGAAUAGGACUGCUUCGUGACGGAUGUGUUCCAUGAGCUAUAAAAGUGUGUGGAUGCUGGCAGAGUGCCCUGUUGCUGCCGUUUUGUGCUGUGCACAAGAUGUGAGUCAGUUGUAAAAUGUGAUUAGGUAUGCACUGAUGCACAGGCCAGCAUUUAGAGCCAUGAGACGGUGCGACGCCAGAGACGACCCUCAUGAGAAGACACACAACUCUUUCCCCCUGCUCCUCCAUCCUCCGGUGUUUUGUAGUUUACAGCCCUCCCUCCCACUUUGAGAUGAACACAUAAAUCCCAAAAGAAUGAAUGAGACCCCGUCCAUGAAUCUUCUUUAAGGUUCCGGAAGAUGCUAAGUAGUCAACAUCAAGGUCACCGAGGAAUAUCUUUAUGUGUUCUAUUUUGCACUUGACAUAAUUAUAUGGAGCAUAAAUUCUCUCCAGAGAGAAAUGAGCAACAUGGCAGCAAUUUAAGAGAAUUCUCCAACUGACCCAUGUCAUUUUCUGAGUGUGUGUCUUUCCCAGAGAGAAACCCUCUUAGCUUACACCCUUCACCUCUGCGAACAGCUGAUUUGGUCUCUGCAGAUCACAGCAGAUGUCUGCUUCACACUGGAAAUUGGCCGUUUUAUCACGGCUUCCUCGGAUUCGUUUGAACUCUUCUCACAGUUGCGCCCUUGAUUUAUGGCAUGAUUUCGGCUAUACGCUCAUCCGUGGUGCAGCAUUGCCACCUUUCUUCCAUGCACAAGAAAAAUAGUUGCUUGCAAAAGUUGCCAUGUGUUAUUUGUUAUUUUACAGCGGGAUAAGUUUGCUUAUAGGAUCUGCAAAUCAUCUCCAACUGCCCUCAUUUUAUGCCAAACACUUGUAGUGAACCAUUUUUUUAGUGGCCAGAAACGAAUGAUAUAUUUGUUGCGAGUGGCUUUUUAUGGCCAGCGAUUCAAAACACUGAUAAAUGCUGGAUUCUUGAUGGGAUUUUUUAAACAAUCCAACAUAUUGAAUUUAGAACUACAGAAUCCUGGACUUAUUUUCAUCAUUUGCUUUUAGAAUUCAGCGACCUUUCACAGGAUCGAGAAAAAAAUGCCAAUUACAAGUGUCCAGAGUCCAGAGGUGACUCUUCAGAAACAAUUUUCUUGAUUUACUUUUCCUCCUGACAACUUAUAACAGCACUCUUUGUAGUCGUCAGCAAAAAGGUAGAACAGAAAAGCGGAACAUAUGAGAUGCAGCCAUGGAUAUAAUCUGAUUCGGUCUAAUGUCCGUCACAUGACCUCCCGACAAGGUCACCGUUCGUGCUGUUCUGAAAAGAGAAAUGUUUUUUUUCUCCUCGUGUACCAGCUGUUCGUCAGAGUUGUUGAGAACGUGUUAUGAGUGCGUCCCACGCUGUUGUCGACCUGCUGGCAGAGGCGAGGAGCCAAGUGUCUUCCUGUAAUGACGGUGUAGUGAAACCGAACCCAACAGGCUGGAACCUGUUAAGCUGCUUGUAAAAAAAAAAGAUAAACCAAAACAUGCUAUGUCUGGGAGUUCAACUCGCACCAUAGUUCCUAUGAAGUUCCUGCGAUAAGCAGUUUGUCUCUAAUCUGGACUGUUGAACGUCUCAAAUGGAUCGUAGUCUCAUGCUAUGUUCACGUCAAAAGAGGACAUCGUACGGAUCUUAUUGCUGCAGCUUGAUGUCCAAAAAAACAAUAUUAACUUCAAACCACAGACUGCAGCAUGUUGCUCCAUUUUUAAGUAGUCGAUUGUAUUAUGAAGGUGAUUUGAUCAUUAUUAUUAAUAUCUUGAAAUGCAAAAUGCACCAGGAGGCAGACAUGAAUGUUAUUUAUUCAAAACAUCACGUUGCUGGCAUAAAUCCGACGUGGACGUGGCGUUCCUCCUCCGCUGAUCAGUCGAGCUGCGUUCAACAUUGCAUGACAGCCACUAUUUCAGACAAUGAAAAUUAUACAGUAUAGUGUUACAGCCAAGAUACAGCAAGACCAAACAAUGUGUUACGUGCCAAAAUGGGAGAAAAAAUAAGUAUUUUUGGGAUUAAACUCUUUGUAAUGGAAUGUG